AUGUCUCUCAAUGGGCUAGAUACUCCCGCCGUCGUCGAAGCCUACCAAAGCGCUCUUGCUGAUGCGGGUGGAUGGAUCCUUCUACACUACAUCGCCAGAGAUGAGGUGGCUUUGUUCGGUCGAGGCACCGGCGGGGUGCCCGAGGUGCGCAACACCAUCGACACCUAUGAGGAAAUAUCCCCGCUCUAUGGAUUUCUGCACUACCGGCGCAGAAAAGUCAUACUCCGGUAUAUGCCCGAAGGGUUGUCAAGACUUAUACUAGCGCGAAGCAAUGUGCAAUUCCAAUCGGUCCUCGACAAGUUCACCCCGAACGAUACUGUGCUCCCCUUAACCCAGGCUUCCGAUCUCAACGAGAGCGCGCUCUCUUCCGCAUGUCUGCUCCACACGGCCUCCGGUUCAAUUACUUCGUCUACGAGCUCCCUACGUCGCCGAAGGCUAAUGGAAAUAACGGAGGAUGCGGAGGAGAGCGGUGCAAAGGAGGAGGCCAAGGAAAAGGCGCAGCAGGCGCCGCCUUCACAACCGCAAUUACCACCUAAAAGUGAAAUGAGACGAGGGUCAGGCAGCCAGAAGUCAGAGGCAACCGUCGUACCCCCCAUCGCUUCUCCAAUUCCAACUUCCCCGGAGAUCGAAACCACCUCUCCAGAUCUCCGUCCCCCUCCAUCGCGAGCGAGCUCCAGACCCCCGCCUUCACGAGGAGCCCCCAGCGAAACCCACUCAGAGACCACUUCUCCCACUCCUCGUUCCCCGGAUUCCAGUUCUAGUCGUUCCCGAUACCGAAAUAUUUUGGACGAGUUUCCGCGCCCAUCAGACGAAGUACGGAUGUCUACGCAAUCGGCACGCCCCUCACUGCGAGAAUUGGAACGGGCCUCCACAUAUUCAAGCAGCGGCAAGGUGAAAUAUGGACCACGCCCAUCUUUGGAUCAGGCUGGACGGCCGCGUACAUCUGGAAGUUCUAAGAAUGCAGAGCAACGGCCCGUUGCUUCACUUCCAUCAAACAUGCGCUCAUCCUCAGUGCGAAAAGCACCCGCCGCUGCUGAACCCCCUCGCCCCCGCUCUCAGGGCAGCUCUUUCGCGGCCAGACCAAGCAGCCGCGCACCACCGAUCCCUUCACUUCUCAUACCUCCUCCCAGCAUUCCAAUUUCGAGACCUCAACUGUCGCCGGGCGCCAAAUCUUUGGGUGCAUUAUCAACAUCGUCCGGAUUGACACCUGAAAAGGAACGAUUGAUGAAGGCACUCCAGCAACGACGGAAAGCAAUGGCCAAACGAGCAGAAAAUACGAAGAAGAGAAAGUCAACCAUUACUGAGGGGGAAGAACCUAAAGGACAAGCCGAUGUGAAGCAAGACCCCGAGGAAAACAAGGAGAAUGAGAAUGUCAAUUCGGUGUCUGUUGAGACGAAGAUACCCGAACCGGAGCAGCUGGAAAAAGAGGAAAAGCCGGUAGAAGUUACUUUGCCAACGCUUGAACCUCUCCCAACACCCGAGCCACUCCCAGCAGCUGAACCACCUGCUCCGGAUUAUGCGCCCCCUGAAGUUCCAGUUGAGACAAAGGAGGAAAUCUUGAAUGAGAUAUCCUUUGAGCCAUCCAAACCAGAAUCCUCGACCGACAACGCUGUGUCAGAUUCCGAUGGCGGACCAUCCUCACAUACUUCAAGACCCAGCGCCGAUACCACAUUCUCUACUGACCAUGGUGAUAACAUGGAGACUAUAAAAUUGGAGACGCUGCAGACAUUUCAUGGAGAUGAAACACGUGCGGAGCUGGAGGAUCCCACCAUUGCCGAUGAAAAUGAAACUAAGGACAACCUAGUCCCACCUAGCGCGGAUGUCGAAAUGCCCCUUGAGACUGUCCCCACUGAUAUUCCAGAAGUUCCAGAACAACCAUCUGAACUUGAUCUUUAUCGUUCUCCUUCUCCCAAGUCACAGACCCCUGCACCAGUUACUGAAGAGUUGGAGGUUCCCAUUGUGGAACCAACCCCCGAAGAAGCCCCUGAGCUCGUUUCCAUCCACGUUGCGCCGUCGAUUGAAUCCCCACCUGUUUCCGAGUCCGAGCCCACGGUCGCACCUGUGUCCGUAUCAAUUCACCCUGUCCCGCUAGAUGAAUAUACACCCCAGGAACCUAAGGUUGGAAAAUCGGACUCUCUUCUUCCCUUAGACCAGCGACGGAAGAUCCACCUUGAACCUAUCCACGUGCCAACUCCCGAAUACUCGGAUGACGACUGUCUUCUUUCAGACGAUUCUUUCAUGGAGGAAUUGAGAUCUGCCACUGUGCAGGAGGCCCGACCGGUCACUGUCAACUCGCCAAACGGUGGCCAUCACUGGAGAAGCCCAUCCCGGGCUGUAUCGAGUCCCAAUGGCCUUCCGUCGCCUUCUGUCUCACAAACUCUAGCCAUGGGCGGUCGAUCUGCGUCGAGCUCUUAUGUUGACAAUACGCCCCCGACCCCAGUCCUCAUGGCAAAGAAGAUCAAUGUCUCGUCUGGCAUCUCAAGCCGCAUCAAGGCUUUGGAAAAGUUUUCAAGUCGGGAGGGUACACCCACAGUCCCCACCCACCCCGCGUCCGGACCGUCUACCUCUUCUUCCUUUGAGAACCUUCGCAAGCGUGCAUCUGUCUCUUACCCUGGCGAUGUCGGUCUCCCCGAUUUUUCUCGUGCGCCAAGCUUGAAUCUCCACGACUCGCGCCCCACUCCCAACAUGGCCCGCCGGACCAACUCAAUCUCUGUAACUGCGCACAUCAUACGCGAACCUAGUACUUCGUCUAGCUCUCCUACUGCGGAGCCUUCCGAAUCCGAUGUUCUUAAUCUUCAAGCUAGUCCGCUGACCGUGGAGCAUGGCUCAUCCGUGGAACCUGCGCCUCGACCCGCAACGACUGAGCCCAUCGCCAGCCUAGAUUACCGAAGUAUGUCUAUUUCAUCUGCUGGUUCCAGCCGACAGGCUCCCGUCUCUCGUCCCGCAAGCCGGCUCUCUAUUUCCUCGCGCUCGAAGACCGACGAAAAUUUGCACUCCUCUCCAACCUCCGAAGACAAGAAAGGAUCUCGUGCCUCACGCCUGAUGCGCCGCAUGUCGUCGAUCACCUCUACAUCUCGUCGUAGCAUUAUUGGAGCUCUGAGCUCGCCUGUCAAAGAGGAAGAUACUAGCUUCGUUGCUGCUGGGGAGUUUGCAAUUUCACCAUCAUCUUCGCACCAGAGUCUGUCAAAGCCCGUCGAAAUCGGUGAGGUCAACGUCCAGUUCCCGGAUACGCUUCUCUGGAAGCGUCGCUGCAUGCGCAUUGACGAGAAUGGGUACCUGGUGCUUGCACCUGGAACCAACGACGCGACUGCUCGUAACAUGAUCAAGCGCUAUCAUCUCACCGAGUUCCGAACUCCCUGUCUCCCGGAUGAGGACAUGCAAGAGCUUCCUAAUAGUAUUCUGCUGGACUUCUUGGAUGGUAGCACCCUUCAGUGUGCUUGUGAAUCUCGACAGGGACAAUCCUCUGUCUUGCAGACCCUUGUCGAAGCUCACACUGCCAAUCAAUCAUAA